AUGUCGUCAGUUCCCGCCAUCCUGCUCAUUGAUCCGCUCAAUGACUUCGUGCACAAAGAUGGCAAGCUGUAUCCUGCUGUCAAAGAGAGUAUCGAAGCAAGCGACAGUCUGGCAAACAUGAAAAGACUCGUUGAUGAAGCCAGGAGAUUGAAGAUACCAAUUUUCUAUGGACUUCAUCAACCUUACAAGGAAGGGAACUACGAUGGGUGGAGACACAUGACAAAGGCGCACCACGGUCUCAAACGCCUUGAAGCAUUCAAGCAGGGCAGUUGGGGCGGCGAGAUCCACUCUGAUCUACUCCCAGACGCCGGGAAUGGAGACGUGGUGGUUUCCAGACAUUGGAAUAGCAGCUCCUUCGCGAAUACCGACCUCGAUUACCAACUGAAGCAGAGAGGCAUCACUCACGUCAUCUGCGCGGGAAUGGUUGCGAACACCUGCCUUGAAGCAACUGCUCGCUUUGCGCUGGAAUUGGGUUACGAAGUAACUUUAAUCAAGGAUGCCACGGCGGGAUUCAGCACGGAGCUCAAGGAUGCUGCGACGGAAAUCGUUUGGCCCACGCUUGUGGAAAGUGUGCUAACAGUGGAUCAAUGGGCGGCCGAAGCAAAGACGAAAGACGCUUCUCUCUAG